UCCAAUUCAAAAUGUUUGUGAAUUAUUAUGUGGAAAACAUCAAGGAGACUGAUAAAUAGUUGCAUUCAAUGCGUCAUGCGAUGCGGUCGUAGUAAUGUCGACCUGGAGGAAUUAGAAGAUAUACCACAGUACGACGUUCGUGAUAUACCAGUACAUUUUCGACCACAAACAUUCAACACGCCGAUAUCAAAUCGUCAGAACGAUAUUCAUCAGAGACCUAAUACACCAUGCAUAAGAAGAAACUCACCACCAGAAGUCGUGACAAAGAUGCGACAAGCCCUGGAGGAAAUGAACGAAAGAAAACCACGUGUCGUCGAAAAAGCACGAGGGGAUCAUGAAACUGUAUCAUCCAUGGAAGUUUGCAAGCAGUCAAGAUCAUCGUCCAUAGACGAGAAGUGAAUGAAAAUCCAUUUUAAUAUCUGAGCGUCCUUAAUUUUUCUAUAAUUAUCAUCAUCGACGUAAUCGAGAAUGCGAUAUUACCUUGUAUCGUGAACUUCAAUCAGCUCCCUUUAUAUUCGAAAUCAUUUAACAAUUUUUAUUACAUGUAACAAAAUUCA